GCGGGCGCUGUGAUUGGCUGGCGGUCUCCGUACAGUAAGCCGUGUGCUCGCCGCGGACAGGACACCCGCCAUCCCGCUGCCCGGAGCCGCAUGGAGGACGGGAACCUGCUGCCGCUGGCCGGCCUGGCCACCGCCGCCACCACCGGGCUGACCGGGCUGCUGGUCUACAAGCUGCUGAGGAGGAAACCCCCAGUGCAUGUGAAAGUAAACUGCUGGUUCUGUGACCAGAACACGGUGGUGCCCUAUGGAAAUCGCAACUGCUGGGACUGCCCCUACUGUGAACAGUACAACGGCUUUCAGGAGAAUGGUGACUACAACAAGCCGAUCCCGGCACAGCACAGUGAGCACCUCAACCACAUGGUGUCCGGAAGCAGUAUGAUCGCCGAGGCGGCCAGACCCCAGCAGUGGGUGAACUGCCAGCUGCUGCUCUGUAAGAAGUGCAACAAUAACCAGACCACCAAGAUCAAGCAGCUAGCGUCUUUCUUACCCAGGGACGAGGAUCGGUACGACGAGGAGAUCGAGGUGUAUAAACACCACCUGGAGCAGAUGUACAAGAUGUGCCGCCCGUGUCAGACGGCAGUAGAGUGUUAUAUCAAGCACCAGAACAGACAGCUGAGGGCCAUUCUGCUAAACCAUCAGCUCAAGCGGCGAGAGAUGGACAAAGGCUACGUACAGAGUUUUGCAAGUUCCACAUGCACUCGAGCUCCUGUCACCGUCAUUGUCCUGCGCUGCCUCGCGUUCCUCUGCUGUGUGUUCCUUGUCUCAAUGGUCUGGUUGGGUUCUUCCAACCUCUUCUCUCCUUCCAUAAAAGCCUCUCCAAGUUCUGAAGCGCAACCCAGGAACCUGUCCCAGCCUGAUGCCCCUACACAGUCCUCCCUCGUUGAGAAGGUCCUAGAUGUUCUGCCAGAGCACACGCUGGAAAGCUUGAACGAAGCUUGGCGCCUUGGAUGGGACCACCAGAUGGCCUUGGCGUCCUUUGGACUCUUGGCUUGUGUCUUUGCCAUGCUCUUAGCCGGUCGGAUUAGGAUGCGUCGUGUUGAUGCGUUUUCGUCUUUCUUAUGGAUCCUGGUGAUGGGCCUUUAUCUGUCUGAGACCUACUUCCUGAAAGAGUCGCCCACCUGGAUGGACACCGCCAAGCUUGGUACCACCUCCUUGUGUUGCUUGGUUGGCCUGACCUCUGCGGUGGCUACACGGAAAUCAACGGGUCAGCGGAGACCUCGGCCACGAAGGUGUCUCUACGGCGAGGCGACCUGUCCGUUUGGAAGCAUGAACAGCAAUGUGAUUCUCCCAGACCUGCCCACGCCGUUACUCUCCACGCCGCCGGGACUGCUCCAGCUGCUCAACCAGCAGGCCUGUCGCUCUCAUCGCAAAGUUUCCCCCUCCUCACUGCCUGGGCGCCUGAACCGAGCCCUCUCACUGGGCACCAUCCCGUCACUGGCACGGGCAGAUUCCGGGUACCUGUUCAGCGGGAGCCGUCCGGCUUCUCGAUCCUCCGCUCACAAAGAGUCACCGGGAUCAGAUUAUUUUUCCCUGCUGUCUGGAAGCCGGGCUGCCUCCCCUCUUCCGUCACCCACCCCAUCGGUGGCUGGCUCUGCCGCAUCCAGCUGCGGGUCCCUGCUCCACCGGCGUCCCUUGAUCAGCCCUGCCCGCCUCAACCUGCAGGGGCAAAAGCUUGGCUUCUCGACUUCCCAGCUGGAUAGGACACAGAACCCCCACUGCACGGAUGACCUGUACCCAGCCGACAGCAGCCUGUGUCCGCAGGAGUUCACUCCGUUCCCGGCCAAGCCUCACAACCACACAAAGCUGCAUGCGGAGGCUCGGAGCGUGUCCAGCAACACCACGCACAGAGAAGACCGCAACUCGUCCCAUUCCUCAGCCUGCCAGGUGGACACAACCACCGCCUUCCUGGACUCUCCACCGGGCUGGAAAGGCUGUGGCAGGAUGUCUCUAGGCAGCGGCUGCAUGGUGUUAAGCGUCACCAUGAACCUGGUGUUCAUCUCCGCCUACCUGUACCUCGUACUCUCAUGACGUCACUGUCCCUCCUCAUACCUCGGUGAUGCGUCACUUGGUGCUUCUGUAUAUCAUGACACUGCCUGAUUACCUGGACAGAUUCCUCUGCUGCCAAUACCUGGUGCUGCCCCCUGGCUGCUGCACAGGCCCGCACGCCUGCUCCGAUAUCCGUUUCCGUCUCGUUAGACAUGGGACGUUGCUGCAAUCCGUUUCCCCUGGGAGCCGCACUCUAAUGCUGCGGUGAUAACGUUUUAGAAUUACAAAGCAAGAGGAUGCGAUGGAAAAGCAAAUUCUGCGGAUGUUAUUUCUGUCAGACGCAAUUCAGUUUUAGUCCUGUUCAGUCACAGCCGUCUCGGACAUGCCGCCGCGUUGUCAGCGAUUUAAGAUGGAGUUUUAGUUUGAAAUUUUUAUGUUUAAAGUGCGCACUCCCCUCUUCUGUGUACGACGGAGGAGCUCCGAUCUCUCAUGGUGUCUAUUAUCUGUUCAGAAUUUGUUGUAUAUAUUGUAUUGUUCACUGAUAAAUGGUUAUUUUGCAGUGAAAUGGACCCACUUGCGUUCAUGAA